AUGGACUCAGGAGUGCAAGUUGCUGAUGAAGUAUGUCACAUUUUUUAUGACAUAAAAGUUCAUAAAUGCUCCACAUCAGAAGAAAUCAAGAAAAGAAAGAAGAUUGUCAUUUUUUGUCUCAGUGCAGACCAAAAGUGCAUCAUUGUAGAAGAGGGCAAAGAGAUCUCAGCUGGAGAUAUUGGUGUAACCAUAACUGGUCCUUUCAAGCACUUUGUGGGAAUGCGUCCUGAAAAAGAUUGCUGCUAUGCUUUAUAUGAUGCAAGCUUUGAAACGAAGAAAUCCAGAAGAGUAUUGUUUAUUUGUUUGUUUUUGUGGGCACCAGAACUACCACCUCUGAAAAGUAAAAUGAUCUACACAAGCUCUAAGGAUGCAAUCAAAAAGACAUUUCAAGCAAAUGGACCAGAAGAUCUCAGUUGGGCUUGUAUUGCUGAAAAGUUAGAUGGGUACUUAAUUGCAGCUUUUGAAGGAUGCUCUGUAUAG